AACCAAGUGCGAAGGAGGCAUGAAUAAUGUACCACAUACGUUGGUUAGUUUACAAUUCUGCCUGAUGCUCACCAAAUGUGUGUAUACAUUUUCUCUACUUCUGGUUAGUUCUAAUCUGCACGCCGGACGGUUCGUAACUUGAAAUGUGUAAGACAUCAAAACCAGAGAAAAGUGUAGAUCGCGAACGACGGUUGAUUUGCUGACGUGGAUUGUGUAACGUGGCAAGAUUUUAGCUGGAAUAUUUAGUGUAUUUGCAGUUGACAAAGCCGAAUCAGCGUGAAGAUCCGGAGCUAGUAUACGGUCUAAACAAUUUUCCGAAACCAUGUUCCUGCUACUUCUAGUAUCUUCCAUUUGCCUUCUAUUCAACUGCGCCGUUUCGGCGAUUCCCAAGCCGGAAGAGAAACGCGUGCUGGAUCAUGAAGUCAUCAAUCGUGUGCAACACUUUCAGAACGAUGAGCACAACAAACAGUAUGACCACGAAGCAUUCCUUGGGGAGGAUGCGAAAACAUUCGAUCAGCUAGAACCAGAGGAGAGUAGACGAAGAUUAGGAAUUAUCGUGGAUAAGAUUGACACAGACAAAGAUAAUUUCGUUAAUUUAGCAGAGCUUAAAGCAUGGAUUCAAUACACUCAAAGGCGCUACAUCGAUGAUGAUGUAAAUCGUCAGUGGAAGCAGCACAACACGAAUGGCAGCGAUCAGAUUCAGUGGGAGACCUAUCGAAAAAAUGUGUAUGGGUUCCUCGACGAAAUGGAUCCCAAGGAUCUUGAACAGGGUGAUGAACAUUUUUCGUACAAAUCCAUGCUGACUCGAGAUCGUCGACGGUGGAGCGUAGCUGAUAAGGAUGGUGAUGAUUCGUUAACUAGAGAGGAGUUUACUGACUUCCUACACCCCGAAGAAAGUCCUUAUAUGAGAGACAUUGUCGUGCAAGAAACUAUUGAAGACAUUGAUAAGGAUCAUGACGGUAAGGUGUCUGUUGAGGAAUACAUUGGAGAUAUGUACCGCGGAUCGGAGGACAACGAAGACGAGCCGGAGUGGGUGAAACACGAACGUGAGACGUUUAAUAACUUCCGUGACAAAGAUAAGGAUGGUUUAAUGAAUCACCAGGAGGUCAAAGACUGGAUUAUUCCAGCCGAUUUUGAUCACGCAGAAGCAGAGGCACGCCAUUUGAUCUACGAAGCUGAUUCCGACGCUGAUGAGAAAUUAACCAAAGAAGAAAUUAUCGAAAAGUAUGACCUAUUUGUGGGGUCACAGGCAACUGAUUUUGGAGAGGCUUUGACGCGCCAUGACGAAUUUUAAGCAAUUUACAGGAUUCUUCUUGAGUUGAAGAUCACAAUUACGUGAAGUUCAGGCGAUAAAACACUUAAAAUGUGCGAUAUUUUGAGCAUAAUUUUAACGAAUGAAUACUCGGACUUCCGAUCCCGGAGGUAUACAAAAUAAGAGUUUAAAAGUGAAACUAUUCAUUAUUAAGUUUAUGUGAGUCUGUGCAACGUUUAUUCUUUGUUUGAAAAAAAUUAAUAAAUACGUAGUCUAAUUUGUUUCAAUCUCAUGAUGCUUAGGCUUAUCGUUUUAGUUCAGUAUUGCAUGUAAUAAAUGGCUAAAAGUUUUAUAAA